AUGGAUAUCUUCUCAAGUCCGCCAAACCGCACAUUAAGAGUAGGUGCAGAUAUUAACUUGACUUGCAUAGCGUGGCCAAGGAAUGACCACCAGCUAUAUCCUAGGAAAUGGACCAAGUAUAUUCAGUGGUAUGAUCCUCAGGGUAGCCCAGUUGGAGACAAAUGCCUGCAGAGUACACCAAGAGUCAAAGAGCUACACUGCAUAUUAAUGCUCAAGAGGUUGACUAUGGAACAGUUUGGAAACUACACUUGUGAGGCUCAGAAUGAUUAUCCGGGAUAUUGCACGCAAAAAGUUGUCGAAAUUGAGCUGCAAGGUAGGCAAAACAUAUAAAGUAAUCUCCUCGAGAAGCAAUAAAGCAAGAGAUGGCAUGAGUUAAAUUGUAUGAUAAGGUAUUGUUUGUGAGCACACAUUUGCGUAGAAAUUUCAUAACAAAGUAAAUUAGCAAAUGCGGUGCCAGCAUAAAGCUCAUUCUAAUUUGCUGAUUUUUAAUCAUACUGCCUGGCCACAGUCAAAGUUCUGCAAAUCAGUGAUAAUUAGAAGAGGAAUAAAUUUCAUUUUCGAAACAGCAUUACACUUGAUGAGUAAUACGGAAUGAUUCAUUGCUUACGAAACCCACGAGUUAUCUCACGGCCUGCUCUAAAAACUUUCAUCUGUUUAUUUCUCUAAUUCGCUCUCACCUUACGAAAAAAUCGCAUAUCUUCUUUAUAAUAGCGAUUAAACUGAAAAUAAAGCAACAUUUUCCCAGAUGGUACCCGUACCAUACUGGGAUUUCUUUUUCAUUUUCUCACAACCCCGCCAUUUAAAUCAGCUUCUUGAAAAUAUUUCAUAUUAAAUAUAACACUGAGGUAAAGUGGAAAACGUGGUAACAAGCGGUUUGCGCACUGAUUUGUGCGUACUAAAAAUUGCUGCGUAUCGGUAUUUAUCUUCCAUGGACUAGCUACCAGACCUAAGAGAAGUCAAAGUGCUCUUUGUUGGUUGGUGCUAAUAACCUCUAGAUGGAAAACACUAAAGUGUGCACUUUUUCGUGGAUAAGUAACAUGGAGAGAAGAAAGAGAGAAGCAUGAGCAAAAUCGAUAGGAUAUGAUAGAACUUCUAUAUGGCGUGGGCUUACUAUUUCAAGAUGCCUUUACUGUGACGAAGCUCUUUUUAUCCCUUUAGCGUUUCCUUAAUUACCCACCUUCCCUGCUUUACUUGCUCCUUAUUCACUGACGGCUUCUCAAAAUUUUGCUUUCUUUCUUCAAAAAAAUAUCCAUCGUCAUCUGAAAUUGCCGGUGUAAGCUUCCCUGGCACCAGAAAUUGUUGAGGAUCCUAAGAACCAAACUGUUGACGCUGGUUUCAACGCAACCUUUGACUGCGCCGCCAAAGGUCAUCCCAUGCCGUCUAUCACAUGGAUAAAGAACGAUGACGCACUUGCUGUACAAUCUAACAACUGGACUAGAGUAGCUGAGAUUUUCCUCGACGACGAGCAAAUUCAAAGCAAGCUGGUAAUAAAGGGUGUAAAGAGGGAAGAUGAUGGGAAAUAUUACUGCUUUGCAAAUAACAGUGCGGGAGAAAAAGCAUCAAAGCCGGCAUUCUUGUCCACAAAGGAUCCAGGUGAGACAAAUGCUCUAUGUUUCUCUAUGACAAAUGGUUUGUGCACUGAAUUGUGCGUACUAAGAAUUUGCUGCGUAUUGAUAUUUAUCUUCCAUGGACUAGCUACCAUAUCUAAGAGAAGUCGGGGUGCUCUAGUGGAUAAGUAACAUGGAUAGAAAAAAGACAAGCUUGAACAAAAUCGAUAGAACAUGAUAGAACUUCUAUAAGGCGUGGGCUUACUAUUUCAAGAUGUCUUUAUCGUGACGAAGCUCCCUUUAUCCCUUUAACGUUUUCCUUAAUUACCUACCUUCCCUGCUUUACUUGCUCUUUACUCACUGACGGCUUCUCAAAUUUUACUUUCUUUCUUCAAAAAUAAUUUCCAUCGUCAUCUGAAAUUGCCGGUGUAAGCUUCCCUGGCACCAGAAAUUGUUGAGGAUCCUAAGAACCAAACUGUUGACGCUGGUUUCAACGCAACCUUUGACUGCGCCGCCAAAGGUCAUCCCAUGCCGUCUAUCACAUGGAUAAAGAACGAUGACGCACUUGCUGUACAAUCUAACAACUGGACUAGAGUAGCUGAGAUUUUCCUCGACGACGAGCAAAUUCAUAGCAAGCUGGUAAUAAAGGGUGUAAAGAGGGAAGAUAAUGGGAAAUAUUACUGCUUUGCAAAUAACAGUGCGGGAGAAAAAGCAUCAAAGCCGGCAUUCUUGUCCACAAAGGAUCUAGGUGAGACAUAUGCUCUGUUUCUUAUCUUGGCAUUAAAUCUUAUUGUGAAACGACAAUUUCUUCUGGGAAGGUUAUGAAAGUACUUGAAAGAAAUGCUUUCAAAAGGCACUUAUAGGAAGUGUUUUAGAACAGUUCAAUUGAAUACUGGACACAUGUAUCACGAAGAGCAGCGCUGGGGAAAUAGCUUCCAAAUCUCAUGUUCCUGUUCAUUAAAAGUUGGGUGAGGUUGCAUGUUGAUAUAAAGCUUUGCAUUCAUUUUCCUCGUGGGCCAAUCAUGUAGCAGAACUCAGUAUGAGAUUUUACUCGAUCUAAAUUGAAGAAAAACAUCAUUUUUACCAACUAAGCAAUUAAAUAAAAGUGAAAAUUUAAUAUUUCCUCGCUCUAUGCAAAUCGUAGCUGGCUGAUAAUCAGGUUUCAGUUUCUCACGCUAUGAGAAAAAACGACCAGCAGCACCAUAUAAUGCGCUCGAUAGGUCCAUCCAGUGUUAUCUCACUGUUUUUUUAAUUGUUCUUCUUAUUUCGACAAGCUUCUUCAACUACAGCACCGCCAAUAAAGGAACAACGACGUUCUGUUCCCCUGCUUACUACGCUUGGAGUGUGUGGUGGUGCAAUAAUUGCAUUCAUGGGCGGAUGCAUUAUGGCGUUUUUGUAUCGACGUGCAAGAAGAAAUCAUGAGGUAGCACUUAUCAUUGAGUACAAUUGAACUUCAUAGCAACUAAAAGUUAACCUGAUCAAACGCCCACAAAACUGUUUUUCCAACUAUAAAUAAUAACCCAACCAUUAAUCGCUGUUAAAUAAAAUUCGCAAGAAUACUCAGAGUGGAGAAUAAACUAUUCUUUUUGUUCUGAGAAUUUAGGCCUUUCGAUCGUCAGGGCACUAACGUAACGAUGUCUAACACCUUAAAACUGCUUUCAAUUGAAUAUGUUGCACUUCUGUCUGUAUCAACAUCAGGGAAAUGAAGGUGCGGAAGAGAUCUAUGUGGCCUGCAUAGACAACAAAGAUUUGGCUGAGGUGAUACUAAAAGAUAUAAAUGCUGAUACGGAAGAAAGUGAGCUUUUAGAGGUAAAUGCUGUCACUUCGUCGUUAGUUGUUGAAAAUAACAAUAUGCAGCUAAACAAGAAAAAGCAUACGCAUGACGACUGGAGAGUUGAAUCGAUAUCGAGAGUAUCGUCCGAGGAAAGGACUCCGACUCCACUAGAUGUCGGAGAUAAACAUUUCCCAAAUUCUAUCUUUGAUCAAAAAGGCUAUGCAGAAGAGUUGUUUAACUCACGAAAUGGUCACCAAAGUGCCGAAGAUGGCUGUAGUCACUGUGAUGUCAACAUUAUUUCGUAUCAAGACAGUGGGAUGGAAAGUGACAAAGAUAGCGACGAAAUACAAACAUCUCUCUUCAUUGAGAUAGAGGAGAGCGAAAAAGACCGAGGUACUCUCGAAGUACUCGAUGAGGUACUAGGUGAAGGAGAAUAUGGAAUCGUUUACAAAGGUCGCUAUGGUGAAAGGAAUGGCAGCACUACUGAUGUUGCAGUAAAGAAGUUGAAAGGUAUGCAUAAGGGUCUUAUCCUAUUGGCUUAAUUAUUUUCUCAGUUAUUAUUUUCUCGGCAGUGUGGGCGGAUAACGAAUAUAAUGCGAUUAUACGCACUUUUUGGACAAUUGUAUGUUACCCAAUUACAAUCUGAAUUCUUUAACGUAAUAUCUGUAGCAAGGUGUUUAGAUUGGCAGAGUAUUCUCAGUAUUCUUCGUUUUCUUUGCAUUCUACGUACAACAUAACGUGACCAACUUAUGAAUAAUUAUCACAUUUGUCUAUCAUUUUAUUUUAGGUAAUGCAUGCACACUUGCGAAAGCCGCGUUACUGAAUGAGAUAAGAACGUUGAAACAGGCUGGACGACAUCCCAACAUUGUAAACCUAAUUGGAACAUGGGUUCAAGGAGGUGAGGUUUAUUUCAACUAUCCAAAUAACAUUCUUACUAAUCUACGAAAAAAAUAUGUGUUUCUUCAUGGAAAGUAAUGGUGGUAAUAAGUGUGCAAGAAAACUCGAUCUCGCAGAGAUUCUAAAGACGAACAUCUCCAUGGAGAUGUUCGUCCCUGUGAAAAUUAUCGAGGAGGCGAACGUUCAAAAGGACAUCCUGGUUAUAUUUGCAAAACUGUUGCGGCCAACCCGCAGUACUCCCUAACGUGUAUGCUGGUAGUUGGUUUGAGGCUACUUUCUCACGUCGUCGAGUUCCCAUCAAUUUGCAGCAGCAAAUUUGCUCCUGAUAGCCAACUUUUGUUUCCUCAGAGACAAUUCUUGUCGUCACCGAAUUGGUCCAUGGUGGUAGCCUUGAAAGCUUUUUGAGGUGCAAGGGUGACGGAAGUAACGAAUAUGCGAAUGUGCACUGUAAGCUGAAUGACCGACAGCUGCUCAAAAUUGCUCUACAGGUGGCCCUCGGAAUGAACCAUUUAGAAGAGCAGAAGGUUAGCCAGAUCUUUUCCUAACGAAGCUCUUGAUGAUAUUUUAACUCAGUUAUUUGCUUUCCGAUAAUAUUUGCACGAUAGAGAAUCGAUAAGGCAACUUUUUUUUUAGUGCAUUCACCGCGACCUUGCCGCGAGAAAUGUUUUAAUCGGUCCAAACAUGGUGGCAAAAGUCGGAGACUUUGGAUUAGCAAGGGAAAUCACAGAGGAUGGAUUAUACAUCAAAACCUCAUAUGUAAGUAUCGUAUCAUUAAUUGUUACUUUUCCAGCUUCUUUUACCAAUACUGGCUGUAUUAAAUUCUUUCACUCUAAACCAGACAGACAAAUGGCCCCAUAUACAUCCUGCCACAAUUUAUUUGGAUUACCUUAUUUAUGAUAUGGUGUAACUAACAUUCAACCAAACGGAUAGAAAAUCCUCAGGUUGGCGUAGUGACUCGUUGGGUUGUUAAUUCCAGUUUAUACAAGUUAAUGUUACAAGAUCAUGCACAACUCCCAUUUACACAGGGUAAAGUUCCAUGGAGAUGGUCGUCUUUAGAAUCUCUGCGAGAUCGAGUUUAUACAUCCAAGAGCGAUGUGUAAGUGACACGAAAAGUAGUAUACAAAGUUGUUAUACCCCCGAUGCAAACGUAGAGUAUCUUGGAACAAAACCGUUGUAGGAUUUUUCCAAGUCAGGUUUGAUCGCUUUGUCUAAAAAGCCAUCGUUAAAAAUAAGUAGUGUUCGGUGCCAAAGCAUGAUAAUUAAUGACUCGCAGACACUUUCAACUAUAAUUGUUAGUGGUCGUUGUUGUGUUUUGUUUGUUUGUUUGUUUUCAGCUGUACAUUUUCAAAUAGAAUAGGAAGGACGGCAAGUUUUAAGCUCGGUAAAAAAAUUCCUAUCCCCAUGAGGAAUCGAACCUCAGCCCUGGGUUACGAACCAUCGGGAAUUUUUUCUUUGUCCCACGCUCGUGAUAAGACCAUAAACCUUUCUCUAUUUUCUUAACACGUGCACCCUAAAACAAAGGGUUCUAAUUAAUGAAAACCGCUAAAUAGCCACUUUUUAGAUGUGGCCAAAAAUGCGUGAAAAUGUAUUCCUCUUCUAAUGCAGCAGCGCAAUGUUCCGAGGAAAGGGUAAUCUAACCUGGUUUCACUACUAAUAACAAAGAAAAUUAAUAAUUGUAACGAUGUUGAGCAGGGAUUUUGUAUACCAAAAUUUCAACAAAUACAAAAAAAGAAAGCAAUCAAGAGUGACAAACCUUGAAUGACUUAAUUUUCCCGCGAAACGUUUGAAUAAUCCGAAAGUUCCACAAUGCCAUGCGAACCUCUUCAACUUGUAAUCAGAAUAUUAAUUUUAGACAAAUUCGUUCCCAUGUCAAUCAAACGUCAGAAAGUACAAACUGAACUAAAGGUAAGUCACGAAUCGUUGCUUUUUAGCUAUCAAUGUGUUUUUUGUCUUGUUUUGCUUUGUUUUUUCGCCUGUUUGUAGGUGGUCGUUUGGCAUACUACUUUGGGAAAUGGCAACUUAUGGUAGGUCACCAAAUAUUUGAUGAAAUAGAAAUGCCAAUAUAAAAGUGAGUGCUGAUGAUGGGAAAUGGGAUGGGAUGACGCGUACAAAUUCACAUCGGUUGAAGAAUUCCAAAAAACUUUGUUUUAUAGCCUGGGAGAGGUUUUUUGAAGGGGAAAAAAUUAGGCAAUUUUUUGGAGAUUAAUUAAAUAGUAUGCCAUUCCAUAAGUCAAUGGAUCAAAAGGGAUUAAUUUAAUAAGUUUAAAUAUUCUAGGAACAACAUUAUCAGGUUUCCUUUGCAAUUUUGAGCUUACUGGCUAUAUGUCAACAGAUGUGUCAGAGGGAGAGACAGCUUAAAACUUCAUAAUCAAUCAAGGUCAAGUUACUUUUAUUAAGCAAACUCUCUUAUUAGUUAUUUUGCUUAUCAGGUGACUCACCAUACCCUGACAUCCCAACACCACUUGCCUUGGUAAGUCGGCUUUCUACGGGCUACCGGAUGUCACGUCCUCAUCAAUGCUCGGAAGAACUGUGAGCUUCUCGAUCAUUUUCAAGCAUGUGUUUUUAUACGUUUACAUUUAUUCCAUCAGUUAACAAUUUCAAAAUUAUUCAAUUUGUUAGAAGUAUUUUACCCGGGAGAGGAAUUAGUAAAGGGUUUGUGCCAUCUUAGAUUUGGAAUUCCAUCUAGUUUACAUGUCGCUGUUAGAUGCUCCGCAGUUUCGCUGUGUUCAGAUUGAGUGAGUUAAAUGAAUAAAUAGCUGCAAAAAAUUAAUGAGUGCUGCAACGUAUUUGUAGAUAUACGCUGAUGAGAUCUUGUUGGAACGAAGAUCCUUUGAUGAGACCUUCGUUUGCUGACAUCGUAGAUCAGCUGGCUUACUACUUGCGAGAAGUAAAGGUGAGUGAAAUUAAAUUUAGACAAUUCCUAAGCUCUUCCUUCCAUUCUUUCCGAUUUCUAUCAGUUAAGUACUAAAUUAAUUCGAUUCGAUAAGAUUACAUAAAAAGAUCUUUAAGUGUUCAAAUGAGUAGACUUGCAAUAAUUUAGAGAAGAGUCAUAUGAGACCAACAAAGCAGCGACAAAUUUUGAAACACUCUCCCUUGUACAAAUGGCGAAGUAUAUUAUAUUCAUAACCAAAUUGCUCCCAAAAGGAAGAUAACAUAAGUAGAAGCAUUACUCAGAUAAAAGAUAGGUCAAAUUACUGAAUUGUUCAAACGGUGUAUCACUGCUUGUCUAAUUAGCAAUAUCUCAUGAGUUUUCUUAUACCUCUUUUUCAUUUGCCGCCUUGUUACUAUUGUUUUUACUAUCUGCUGUUAUUAUAUGAUUAUCAUAUAUUUUUUCCAUUACUAAGCUUCACUCGUGCAUCUAACCUGAAAUAUCUUCUUCUCUUUGAUUCAUCAAUUUCAGAGGAUAUAUAUUAACAUCACAGAGGAUGAAAUUAGUGGCAGUUUUGAAGUGAACUAG